AUGAAUUCCCUGCGUCUUUCCCAAACCGUUCUUGCGCGCAAAACAACCCUCACUUCGCAGUUCAUCCGGCGGGCAUCCACAUUGCCUCAUACCAUCAAACCUUCCAGAGAUGAGAUAGCAGCCGGUCGCCUGGGGUCCAGAAACCUCGAGGCCGCGGUGAAGAGCCUCCACAUAGAUGGCCUGGUGGUCGUAUCGGACGUAAUUCAGCACGAAGCACUGGAUGACCUGAAUGCCAAGAUGGUAGAGGAUGCUCGAACACUCCAGGCGAGAGGCAAAGACGGUCCAUUCAACUAUAACGUUGGCAACAUACAACAAGACGCCCCACCGGUGCGCAAGUACUUCGAUAAAUCAAUAUUCAUGAACCCCAUUGCCAGCCAGAUCACCACAAAUGUCCUUGGGCCAAAGCCCAAGUGGACUUUCUGCAGUGGCAACUCUGCUCUGCCACCAGUGCCAGGAGCUGAACCGCAAAGACAGCCUGUUCACGCCGACGCAGACUUUGCCCAUCCCGAUCAUCCCUUUGCGCUGGUCGUGAACGUGCCACUGAUCGACUUUACGCCAGAGAAUGGAAGCACGGAAGUCUGGCUGGGAACUCAUACCGGCGAUCUCUCUGGCCUGAAAGUCCAAGAAGGUUUGCACGGAGACAGAGCGAGUGGCCGCAUCAUGGAGCACGUGUUGGAGAAUCGACGCCAGACCAGAGGUCCAAGUCAACCUGACAUCAAGAAAGGCAGUAUUGUCAUCCGAGAUCUGAGGCUUUGGCAUGCUGGUAUGCCGAACAAAACGCAAGACAUCCGGGUCAUGCUUGCGAUGAUCCACUUCGCUCCUUGGUACAGGAAUCCGAUGAAGCUUGAGCUAUCGGAUACCAUCAGACCUGUCGUUGAGGGCCAAGAUAUGCUUGAAGUACCUACAGACUGGGUGAGCGAAGCUGAAGCGACACAACGUUACCUCAAUCGCGGCUUUGGGAACAGCUACGACUUCAAUCAGACUCCAUAA